CUUUCAAGUUCCACGUUUACAAAAUUAAAAAUCCAAAUUAUUUUAAAGCACUUGAGACUUGAAUUCGAGUAAGUUUUCCACUCAACUCAUUCAAAAUGAUCUCAAUCAGAGAAUCACUUGAAGAUCCUUCAAUUCCAUAUCAAUCUAUCCUUCUAAGCUUCUCAGCUGCUGUCUUUGCUUUCGAAUUCUACUUGCGUCUACGUCAAAUUCCUCAUCUUCGACUUGAAAAACCUCCUGCUUCGAUCGCUCCUUAUCUAAUAGCAUCCAAUGAUCCCAAAUCAGAUCAAAAAGAAACAUCUGAAUCCAGUAAAGAAACUUCAAAAGAAUUAACAGCUCAAGAAACCUUUGAAAGAUCACAAUCUUAUGCAUUAGAUAAAAUUAAAUUCUCAUUAUUCACUAGUAUCAUUGAUCAAAUCGAAACAUGGGCCAUCUUAACUAAUCUUGUACCGAUUUAUAUGGGUAUGGAUCCUAAGAAACCAUCAAGUGGAAUAGCAUUAUUAUGGAAUCUAUCAGAAACUUUAACCCAUAAAUUAGAUUUAAUCUUAGCUGAUCGAUUUAGGAUCGGUACAGGAGAAAUUCCGAUUUCCAUGGUCUUUGUUAGUUUAUUAAGUUUGAUGGGAAUGAUCACAUCGAUUCCUAUUGAUCUUUUGAAAACUUUUGGAUUAGAAGAAAAACAUGGGUUUAAUAAACAAAGCUUUGGUUUAUGGGUUUCGGAUUUUAUUAAAACUACUAUCCUUUCGGCGCUCUUAGGGUUACCUUUGGUGGCUGUCUUUAUUAAGGUGGUUAGGUAUGCUGGUGAAGCUUUUGUUCAAUAUGUAAUGUUGUUUGUGAUGGCAUUGGUCUUAUUCAUGUAUGUGGGAUAUCCUUACUUGAUCGCACCUCUUUUCAACAAGUAUCAACGUUUAAGCGAAUUUCCCGAAUACCAAGAAGUUCAAACCCGUACUGAAAACUUGGCAAAGAGAAUUAAUUUCCCUUUAGGUCGGUUAUGGGUCAUUGAUGGAUCUAAACGAAGUGCACAUUCUAAUGCAUUCUUUUUCGGUUUACCUGGAUUGACAAAACACAUUGUUUUGUACGAUACUUUACUCAAGCAAAGCACCCCGGCCGAAGUGGAGGCAGUACUCGCUCAUGAACUUGGUCAUUGGAAGAUGAACCACACCGUCACUCUACUCGGUUUAUCACAAUUUCAAAUCGCUUUUAGUUUAUCAAUCUUUCGAUUCUUUAUCUGGAACUCAGCACUUUUCCAAGCCUUUGGAUUCUCACCCUUGAACUCAUCUGAUCCAUUCUCAACCAACAAAUCAAUUUAUCCAAUCUUGAUUGGUUUCACUUUAGCUCAAAAUCUCUUCACGCCACUUAAUUCGAUCAUGUCUUUUGGUUCGAAUAGUGUGAGUAGAAGAUUAGAAUUUCAAGCUGAUCAUUUUGCUGUGAGAUUGGGUGGGAGUUAUGCGAAUGAUCUUAAGUGGGCUUUGGUUAGGAUUAGUGCUGAGAAUAAAGCCACGACUAGUUGUGAUUGGUUAUAUUCAGCUUUUCAUCAUUCACAUCCUACUUUACCUGAAAGAUUGGCACGUCUUGAUGAUGAAGUUUCAGAUGGAAAGAAGAAGAAAUGAACAGAAGAAAAAGAGAAUCUAUUGGGGUUUACUUUGGUUAUAAAAAAGGUUCAAAGAUGAUCAUCUCUUCAUGAAUGUAAUCAAACUUCUUCAUAUGGUGAAAUCAUGAUGAUAGGUUCUUUGUUUGAAGAACUUGUCUCUUUUAUCUCUCUUCAACUUGAAAAAAACUUUGCAUCAUUCAACAAUCACAUCUGCAUCUUUUAUUCUUUAUGACAAUUUUGGAAAUGACUGUUUCAUGUGAACUUUUUUUUGCAGGUUCAAAUUCAAGUUUCAUGACUGUAGUCCAGUGAAAUUCAUAAAGGAAAUCUUUUUAUGAUAUGAUC